AUGUUAAGACGAAAGAUACUCCGCCGACACGACAGGUUGUUCAUAGCAACCUGUUUCUCCUCCAAGAUUCAGUUCAAACGUCUUCGGCGAUACAUCCAGAGGGUCCGCUCAAAAUUUAUGGCGUCGAUGUUGAGAGGCGCCGAGUACGACACCCCGCUUAGUUUUGAAGAAGAAUGGAAAAAGAACGAAAGAGUCGUGUUAGCACUCAUCACACAAGAUAGGGUCACGCAGUUGGAAUGGCAAGAUUUGUUUCUUGCCGUGUACAAAAUUCAUUCGUGGGUUGAGGAUGGAAAGGAGAAACUUCAUAGGGAGAUUGACAAGAAAGUAAAGGAGUACGUGAGCAAAGCUAGAGAGCGAAUCAUUUGCCACAUGGAACGCGGCGAUCAAGCCUUGCUUAGAGCAUACAUAUACGAAUGGACAAAGUAUUAUCAGCAGACAGCCAUUCUUCCUCUCCCAUUUACGGCUAUAGAUCCGGAGACAAUACCAGCUCCCAUCCCUCCAGGAAAUGAGUCUCGCACACCGAAACAAUACCGUACCAAAACCGUUCGAGAGGGAAUGCUUGAAACGUGGAAGAAAGACAUUUUCCAACAGAUUAGUUCAAAGUUAUUGUCAGCUGCUCUUCGUCUCGUAGAAACGGAACGAAAUGGUGAAACAGUAGAUGCUCGCCUAGUUAUUGGUGUCAGGGAAAGCUGGGUCGCCUUAUACGACCAGAGAGACUGCUAUUAUGAAGAUGUGCUUGACCAGUAUCGCAAACAUUUCGAGAGGGAGUUUGUUGAAGAAACUGUAGCCUAUUAUAAAAAGAGAGCUGCUCAAUAUCUCGCUGAGAAUGGAGUGAUCAAUUAUAUGUCGUACGCUGAUCGAAUGUUAGAGGAAGAAGAACAACGAGCAAGAAAAUACUUGAAUCCAAAUCCGGACAGUGUGGCAAGGUUGGUGGAGAGCUGUGUUCAAGUCCUUGUUGUCGAAUUCGAAGACCAAAUUCUUGCCGAAUGUCCUUUUUUAAUAGCGAAGAAUGAUGUAGAAAAGCUACGGAUGUUGUAUAGGCUGAUCAAGCGUACUCCAUCCGGUAUAGAUGUAGUUCUGAAGGCAGUGGAUAAUCACAUCCGCAGCGAGGGCCUCGAUGAUAUGAAAGAAAACGCAAUGACUAUCACCACAGACCCUGAGAAAUAUAUUGCGCAGUUAUUGAAUAUGUUUGAUCGGUUCAGCACACUUGUCAAAGAAGGAUUCUAUGACGAUGCUCGAUUGCUGACAGCCAGAGACAUCGCGUUUCGAGCACUCGUCAAUGAUACUACGAUAUUUAGAAUGGAAUUACCUGUGGGAAAGAGAAGCAGAAACACCGCUGUGGAAUCGAAAUGUCCUGAACUUCUUGCAAAUUACUGCGAUCUCCUUUUGCGAAAGACACAGCUCAGCAAAAAACUUACAUCUGAGGAGAUAGAUGCGAAAUUGAAUAAUCUUCUUUUGGUGUUAAAAUACAUAGCGAAUAAGGACGUAUUUAUGCGAUUCCACAAAGCUCAUCUAUCACGACGUCUAAUAUUAGACAUGAGCGCCGAUCAAGAAAAGGAAGAAGCUAUGGUCAACAAAUUAAGGGAGUGUGGAAUGCCUGCUGAACAUGUAAACAAACUUUUUCGUAUGCUGCAGGACAUCGAAAUUAACAAGGAUCUGAACUCCAAUUUCAAAAAGUCCCUAUUUGGAGUCAACAACAACAAAAUGUUAUCAGAUUUAAUAAACAUAAAAAUUCUCAAUGGAGGUGCAUGGGGACGGGGUGGAGUAGGAUCUGAACGCAUUCGCGUCUCUUUGCCAAGAGAACUGGAGGAGCUCGUCCCUGAGGUGGAAGCUUUCUACAAGAAACAACAUAAUGGCAGGAAGUUGAACUGGAUGCAUCACUGGAGUAGCGGAACUAUUGUAUUUGGGACUUCAAGUGGUGGCCGAUUUGACCUGGAAGUUACAACGUUUCAAAUGGCUGUGCUUUUUUGUUGGAACGAUCGUGCGCAAGAAAAGAUCUCAUUUGAGUCACUGCGGUUAGCGACAGAACUUCCAGAUACGGAACUGGCCAGGACACUUUUUUCAUUAGUCGCUUAUCCAAAGAUGAAGUCGCAAGUUCUAUUGUGUGACGCCUCUUAUCCUAUCAAUCCUCGUGACUUCACGGAUUCAACAUUGUUCUUCAUCAAUCACGACUUUCAUUUCUUCAAAAAUGGCAAAGAACAACAUAGAGGACGCAUCAACUUAAUUGGUCGGCUGCAGCUUUCAAUGGAGUCUUCGGCAUCGAAAGAGCAUGAAGACAUAGUUGCUCUGAGAGAAUUCCGGGUCCAGGAAGCCGCUGUAAAGAUUAUGAAAAUGCGGAAAUCAAUAACAUCAGCUCAGCUGCAGACCGAGUUGGUAGAAAUGUUGAAGCCUAUGUUUAUACCGAACCGAAAACUCAUUAAGGAACAAAUCGACUGGCUUAUCGAGAAUCGGUUUAUUGAACGAAAAGAGGACGAUAUAAAUACAUUUGUUUACGUUUCUUGAUGGCUGGCACGAUAUCUCAAACUGAUUUCUAAGCCCAGUCUCUGUCUUUACGCUCAUACGUGUUGCACCAAAUUUAUGUUCAAUGCCUUUUACUUACACCCUUAACCGAACCAUCGUCUAGGUUUCUAAUUUUGUACAGGCAUUUGCAUGUAUCAUAGAGCCAACCUUUGAAUAUUGGAAACAACAAUGUCAUUUUCAGCAGGUGAAACACGCUACUUUGCCUUUGGUUUUGUUGCAGGAUCAUGCUACUACUUUGGGUAUUUUUUAAAACUUUUUCCUUUUAUCAAAAUCUGUCUAGAAGAUUCCUCAUCUGUGUUUGACGAGCUAGUCUAUUUAUCCUACAUCGUGAUGUUGAAAACUCUCAUCAAUGAAGUGAAUAGCUUUUACAUAGUAAAU